AUGUCUCUCAACGCGGGGCAUCCGACUCCCAAGUCGGUUCACAGCCUCCAAGUCACAGAUGCGACUCUCUCAUGGAGAAACUCUGAUGACGCCGAGGAAAGAGGCUCAACUCACGAGAUUCUCUUCACCAUAGACUUUUCCACUGCCCAGCGGCCAAAUUACGUCGUUUGCGUUCUGAGAGAGGACGCUGAUGCUCAGUCACGCCCCUUCCUGCUCGACCUCCUCCAGGCCGACGAGAUACCAGCAGAGCUUCGCAACGGCCGUCUCAUCAACGGCAUUCCGCCUCACCUACAACCCACGCCCAGCAACAAAGUCGACGUUGUUGUUUCCACAAAGUCCGGCACAGGACGCGCGCAAUCGUUCUGGCAGGCCGUGCUGCAGCCCCUCCUCCAAGCCGCCUCAUCGCAACCCAUCGUCGAGCAGUACAACCUCGUCGUCACGCAAGAUGCCCAAAGCGUCCGACGAUACGCCAAGGCCAUCGACAAGUCAUCCGCCGCCAGGACCACCAUCCUGCUCAGCGGCGACGGAGGCGUCGUCGACCUCCUCAAUGGCCGCGAGCCCGCCCCCGACGCACCGCUCCCGCUGAUGGCGUUGCUCCCCCUCGGCACGGGAAAUGCCCUAUUCCACUCCCUGCACAAGCCGUGUGCGGCUACGCCUGGGCCGACGCCGCUCGUCCUCGCCCUGCGCACGCUCUUUUUCGGCGUGGCGGCGAAUCUGCCCGUGUUCGAGGCGAAAUUCACGCCGGGCUCGCAAAUCGUCACCCACGCCGGCGGCGGCAACCAGGCCGCCUUGCAGCUCCCGCACCGGCAACACGUCACUUCGCUCUACGGCGCAAUCGUGGCGAGCCACGGCCUCCACGCGAGCAUCGUCUACGAGAGCGACACGCCGGCAUACCGCGCGCACGGGGCAAAACGGUUCGGCAUGGUCGCACAGGAACUGCUCAAGCUCUCCCACCCGUACAAAGCCAGCCUGGACGUGCGGCCUCCUGCUCCCGCCGCCUCCGAGGACAAGUUUGAGAGGGAUCCGCACGAGACGCACGGGUACAUACUGGUGUCGAUGGUGUCGAAUUUGGAGAGCGGCUUCACGAUUUCGCCCGCUUCGAAGCCGCUGGAUGGAAAGCUGCGUCUGGUGCACUUCGGGGCGGUGAGCGGCGACAGGGCCCUGGAGGCCAUGGCGAAGGCGUACGACGGGGGCAGGCACGUGGACGUGGAGUGGGACGAUGGCGAGAGGGUGCGGUACGAAGAGGUCGGGGAGGUGAGGGUUGUGAGUGACGAGGACGACGAGAGAUGGAGAGUGUUUUGCGUCGACGGGACGAUUGUGCAGGUCGCGAGGGGCGGGGGGAUGAGCGUGGCGAGGGCGAGUAGAGCGUUGCUUCGGAUCUUGGUUGAUGAAAGGGCUCGCGCUUGA